UUUAUAAGCAUCUGAAUUCUUUCAUCUGUGACUUUGAGUUUUCAUUCGUGUUGAUUUUUCUAACAGCCCACAUAAACGUACAAUCUUCUUUUGUUGUAAGAUGCCACUCCUCUACUGGGUCACAGGUUGAUGUGUAUCUUUUUCUUCCAAAGUAAACACAGUGAUGCAGGUCUGGGUUUGGUACCUGUGUGGUCACUCCCUCAUUUCCUGUAUAAAACAAGGGGUUCAGAAGAGAUCAGCUCCUGACCGAUCCCUCCAUCUCUCUGCCUCCUCAUCUCCCAAUCUGCUGCUGCCAUGUUUGUCGCUCCUCCUGGAUACCAGCCAGUCUACAAACCUAGUAUUCCAUAUCUGGGGCCCAUUUAUGGAGGCCUGAGGGAAGGAUCAUCCAUCUACAUCCAGGGGUCUGUACCUGAGGACAUAACCAGGUUUUUCCUGAACCUGCUCUGUGGACCAUCAGAGUCCAGCGAUGUGGCCCUCCACUUCAACCCUCGCUUCGACGGCUGGGACAAGGUGGUGUUCAACUCUCGCCACGAUGGAUCAUGGAAGUCAGAGGAGAAGAUUCGUGAUAUGCCUUUCUCUAAAGGAAAGAGCUUUGAACUGGUCAUCAUGGUCACUUCACAGGGAUACCAGAUCAAAGUGAAUGGGAAGGACUUCCACACCUUCCACCACCGUCUCCCCGUGGAAAGCGUUCGAGGGAUGCACAUCUCAGGAGACGUUUCCAUCCAGACGAUUAAUGUCAUCGGGGUGAGGCUUCAGACCCUGAAGAUUUCAUUUGUUGGCUUUGGGCUUUGCUGGGCGAUCCACCAACAUGAAGACAUUUUGGACCCUGCUGCUGGAGGGCAAGGGGUCCUCCUAAGGGGAGGAAUGGGAGGAGGAAUGGGAGGAGGAUACCCAGGUGGUAUGGGAGGAGGAAUGGGACAGGCCGGAUACCCAGGAGGCUCAGGGUGUGAACAUCCAGGAGGCAUGGGAGGUGGUAUGGGGGGAGGAUUCCCUGGAUCAAACCUGCCGGGAAUGGGCGGCCAGCCAGUAUACAACCCUCCUGUACCUUACUCCACCAUGAUCCCAGGAGGGAUGACCUCUAAGAAGACUAUCAUCAUCAGAGGCAUGGUGCCCCAUGGAGCAACCAGAAUAUGCAUCAACUUCAUGGUGAGCAGAUCUCGAGACAUUGCUUUCCACAUGAACCCCCGUGUGAGGGAGGGGAUUGUGGUGAGAAACUGCAAGAUGGGAGGGAAAUGGGGCAAAGAGGAGCGGGAGCUCAGCCUGAACCCCUUCAUGGAGGGACAAUACUUUGAUAUGUCGAUCCGCUGUGGAAACCAGAGGUUUAAGGUGUUUGUGAACGGGCAGCACUUAUUCGACUUCUUCCACCGCCUGCAGCCCUUCACUGAGGUCGACAUGCUGGAGAUGGAUGGAGAUGUGCAGAUUUCCUACAUACACUUUUGAGAGCACAUUCAAUAAUUCUGUCCAUUAAUCAGCUUUUUAAAAUUCACAAUGUUUGAU